AUGGUGGAAGAAGUCGCUAAGAAGAUCGAACAGCUCGCUGUUGAUGGGGAACAGGCCAAGGUCUCUGCUCCAACUCCGGCUGAACAAAAAGCUCAAAAACCUAAAGGUGAAGCUUCAAAACAAUUAUAUUUAGAUCCUCAACCUGAUUUUGUUCAAGAAAGAAUUGAAUUUUUUGAAAAAUUACAAAAAGAAUAUAAUGAAUAUGUUGAAGCUCAACCUAAAUCAUCAAUUAAAAUCACUUUAAAAGAUGGUACUAUUAAAGAAGGUAAAGCUUGGGAAACUUCACCUUUCCAAAUUGCUUCAGAAAUUGGUAAAUCAUUUUUAGAAAGACAAUGUAUCUCAAAAGUUAAUGGUGAAUUAUGGGAUUUAGAACGUCCUUUAGAAGAAGAUACUGUUUUAGAAUUUUUCGAUUUCUCAACUGAUGAAGGUAAACGUGUCUUUUGGCAUUCAUCUGCUCAUGUUUUAGGUGAAGCUUGUGAAUGUAAUUUAGGUGCACACAUUUGUCUUGGUCCUCCAACUGAUGAUGGGUUCUUUUAUGAAUUUUCAGUUAAUGGUGGUGAAGUUUCAGUUUCUCAAGCUGAUUUCCCAAAUUUAGAAGGUGUUGCUAAAAAUGCAAUUAAACAAAAGCAAAAAUUUGAAAGAUUAGUUGUUUCAAAAGAGAAUUUGCUAAAGAUGUUUCAUUAUUCCAAGUAUAAAACUUAUUUAGUUCAAACUAAAGUUCCAGAUGGUGGUUCAACAACCAUUUAUAGAAAUGGUCCAUUAAUUGAUUUAUGUGUUGGUCCUCAUAUCCCACAUACUGGUCGUAUUAAAGCUUUCAAAUUGUUGAAAAACUCAUCUUGUUACUUUUUAGGUGAUGCUACUAAUGAUUCAUUACAAAGAGUUUAUGGUGUUUCAUUCCCUGAUAAAAAAUUAAUGGAUGAACAUUUAAAAUUCCUUGAAGAAGCUUCCAAAAGAGAUCAUAGAAAGAUUGGUAAAGAACAAGAAUUGUAUUUUUUCAAUGAAUUAUCCCCAGGUUCUUCAUUUUGGUUACCUCAUGGUACAAGAAUUUAUAAUGCUUUAUUAGAUUUAAUACGUACUGAAUAUCGUAAACGUGGUUAUGAUGAAGUUAUUACACCAAAUAUGUUUAAUGUUAAAUUAUGGGAAACUUCAGGUCAUUGGGCUAAUUAUCAAGAAAAUAUGUUUUCAUUUGAUGUGGAAAAGGAACGUUAUGCCUUGAAGCCAAUGAAUUGUCCAGGUCAUUGUCUUUUGUUUAAAUCUCGUGAACGUUCAUAUAGAGAAUUACCAUGGAGAGUUGCAGAUUUUGGUGUUUUACAUCGUAAUGAAUUUUCAGGUGCUUUAACUGGGUUAACAAGAGUUAGAAGAUUUCAACAAGAUGAUGCACAUAUUUUCUGUACUCAAGAUCAAAUUGAAGAUGAAAUUCAAAAUAUUUUUGAUUUCUUGAAAUAUAUUUAUGGUAUUUUUGGAUUUGAAUUUAAGAUGGAAUUAUCAACAAGACCUGAAAAAUAUGUUGGUGAGAUUGAAACUUGGAAUAAUGCUGAAGCUAAAUUAGAAAGUGCAUUGAACAAAUGGGGUGGUAAUUGGGAAUUAAACCCAGGUGAUGGUGCUUUCUAUGGUCCAAAGAUUGAUAUUAUGAUUUCUGAUGCUUUGAAAAGAUGGUUCCAAUGUGCCACUAUUCAAUUAGAUUUCCAAUUACCAAAUAGAUUUGAUUUGGAAUAUCGUACUAAAGAUGUUGCUUCAGAAGAUACCAAAGAUAUUGAUAGACCAGUUAUGAUUCAUAGAGCUAUUUUAGGUUCAGUGGAAAGAAUGACUGCAAUUUUAACUGAACAUUUUGCAGGUAAAUGGCCAUUUUGGUUAUCACCAAGACAAAUAUUGGUUGUUCCAGUUGGUGUUAAAUAUUUUGAUUAUGCUCAAAAAGUUUCAAAUCAAUUGAAGGCCGAAGGUUUCUAUGCAGAUGUUGAUGUUAGUGGUAAUACUUUACAAAAGAAAGUUAGAACUGGUCAAUUACAAAAAUAUAAUUUCAUUUUCAUUGUUGGUGAACAAGAAGAACUUUCUAACUCUGUUAAUAUCAGAAAUCGUGAUAUUGCUGAAUUACAAAAUAAGAAUGAAAUGGUUUCAUUAGAUACUGUUAUUUCUCAAUUGAAAGCAUUAAAAGAUGAAAAGAGAAAUGACAAUGCUUUAUGA